GUUAUUGGACGAGGGAGAAAUACAAGACGGAGAGGGAGAGGGAGAGAGAGAGAAUCCAGAAAGAGAAAAAAAGAGCGAAAAACCCUAGGAGCUAGGGUUCGUUGCGAGAUCGGAAAUGGGGAAGAAGAAGAAGAGAGUGGCAGCAAAGGUGUGGUGCUACUACUGCGAUCGUGAAUUCGAGGACGAGAAGAUACUGGUACAGCACCAGAAGGCCAAGCACUUCAAAUGCCAUGUCUGUCACAAGAAGCUCUCCACCGCCGGUGGCAUGGUCAUCCACGUCCUCCAGGUCCACAAAGAGACCGUUUCCAAGGUUCCCAAUGCAAAACCUGGCCGCGAGUCAACCGAAAUUGAAAUAUAUGGAAUGGAAGGAAUCCCACAUGAAAUCUUAGCAGCUCAUUAUGGAGAGGAAGAUGAAGAUGUCCCAUCAAAAUUGGCUAAAGUGGAGAUCCCAAGUUCACAACUUGGUGGUGGUGCAGUACCUGGAACUUUAGGAAUUGGAGUUCCUCCUCAACCAGCAUUAGGUGCAAUGCCACCAGUUUACAAUCCUGCAUUAGCAGUGCCUCCUCCUGGUUGGCCAGUUCCUGCUCGUCCCCAGCCUUGGUACUCUCAGCACCCAGCAGUCUCUAUUCCUCCUGCUCCAUUGGGGAUGACACAACAGCCUUUGUUUCCAAUACAACCUGUCAAGCCUCCUCUUCCAUCCACUAUGUCUUCUGCUCUUCAACCAUCAUUGCAAAUAACUCCUCCUGGGCUUCCCAUACCUUCACCUUCUGCUCCUUUACCUCAACCCUUGUUCCCUGUCGGUGUUAAUAACAAUUUACCUACUAAAAAUUCACCAUUUUCUACACCUAUGCUUUCAACAAGUAUUCCAUUAAGCUCUCAAGCAGAACUUAAUAGCUCAAUUGAAGCACAUUCCAGCACUAACAGUUCUCUUGCAAGUAGCUACAGUGCCCCAAGCAUUCAAGGUGGGCCAUCAAUCAACUCACAUUCUUAUGCUUCUGGUCCAAAUACUGGUGGUCCUUCAAUUGGGCCACCUCCUGUCAUUGCAAAUAAAGUUCCUGCUACUCAGCCAGCCGGCAACGAGGUGUAUUUGGUUUGGGAUGAUGAGGCAAUGUCCAUGGAGGAAAGAAGAAUGUCAUUAAUGAAGUACCAGGUGCAUGAUGAAACUAGCCAGAUGAGCUCAAUUGAUGCAGCCAUAGAUAGAAGGAUACUGGAGAGCAGGCUUGCUGGCCGAAUGGCAUUUUAGAUCUGUGGCGAUCAUAUCUCUGUAUCAUCAACAUCUGGAAUGUAGUUUGCACUUGCAAGUGAGUGCUUGUCUUCUUAAUCCUUGCUUGUCUUCUUUGCAAGAAAGGCUUAGGAGAGAGCAAUUCUUUUGACAAUGGGCUGAGGGGUCUCAGAAAAAAGUAGACAAAUUCUUUGUAUGUUCUUUAAAUUUGUUUUUUCAGAUGUCAUUGUAACUUUACAGAACAUGGUUUUGAGGUGUUCUGACAUUUCAAGUGGUGUAGUUGCUUCUAGGUAUACCAUUAAGACUUUGGGAAUCUUUUGGUGUACAUUAAUUUGUUUCCUCACUGCUC